UUUUAAUUUUUUUGUAAUAAAAAUAUCUUUAUUAUUUUAUUUACCACAAAAUAUAGAAAUGAACGCUAGAUAUUUAACAUUUUUUUCUUAUAUAGGUACAAAAUUUAGGUCUUCGGAGAAGAUAUGGUUAAAAGAAGCCAGAAACUACCCUGACACUGAAAGUAUCCAAGGAUCUAUGGAAUCAGCUUUACUGAAGCUGCGACCUAAAAACUAUCCUAACCUCACUUUGUCUAGCCGGACAGAUGGAGGCGUUCAUGCAUUGAAUGCAAGUGCUCAUUUUGAUAUAGUAAGAAAAACAGACACAGUUUACGAUGGACAAUUUAUCACAUAUAAUAUGAACAAACAUUUCAUGAAAAAUGAUAUAAGUAUAUUCGUAAAGAAUUGUAUACGUGUGAAUGAUACAUUUAGUGCCAGAUACAAUGCAAUACGCAGGACAUACCUUUACAGGCUAGCUGUGAUUAAACCAAGUAUAAAAUUGAAUGAAAGAGAAUCUAUUAUCCGAUUAAUACCUAUAGAAGAAUGGAAACGGUGUCAUUUUAUUAGGGCUUCUAACUUUGAUAUUGCGCUGUUCAAAGAAGCCUCCAAGUACUUUGUAGGCUAUCAUGAUUUUACAACAUUCAAGAAAUUUGACAAAUUGAAGGAAACAAAAAGUAACAGAAGAGACAUUUUUGAAUUCAACAUCAAACCUGGGACGCCUUGUGUUACAAGCUAUUCUCAAAAUAGAGAAAGUUAUUUUGACCACUGGGACAUUGAAAUUAAAGGAAGAGGUUUUGUUCACAAUCAGAUUCGGCGUAUGAUAGGUGCACUUAUCACAGUGGCUAUAGGAAAGCUGGAACCAGAAUCCAUAAAAUUGAUGCUGCAAAUACCAUCCAAACAUUCUUGGCAUCAUCACAUUCAGACUGGACCACCUGAUGGAUUGUACCUUUGUAAUGUUGAGUACAAUCCAGAAGAUUUAGUUUAUACUGAAGGCAGGACUUUUGAUGAAGUGAAAAGUGAUUGUGACGAGUGA